AAGAAACAAAGCACAACCGCUUGAAAUAACAGCUCGGAACAGCCUCUAUUUUGGUUAGUCUUUUCGCCAUUUUUCACUAAAAGUCUUCACUCUUCAAGUCAGUCAUGCCUCCUCCAGACACAUUCUACUGUGCCCAGCAAAUUAAUAUCCCCCCUGAGCUGCCAGACAUCCUCAAAAACUUCUCCAAGGCAGCCAUCCGAACGCAGCCCAAGGAUUUACUGGUGUGGUCUGCUGCAUACUUCAGUGCACUGGCUAAAGGAGAGUGCCUACCUGUUAAGGAGAGGCUAGAAAUGAAUGUUGCCACCCAGAAAACUGACACUGGGUUGACUCCUGGUCUACUGAAGACCCUCCACAAGCAGCUGUCCUCCAGGCAAACAUGCAGCAAGGAGGAACUGCAGAUGAAAUGGAAGGGCCUUUGUCUUCCCAUGGAUCAGCUGGAGACUCUUCUGUUGUUGGGCAGCUUUGAGUCAGAAAUGAACUGGAUGGAGUUUUUUGCCCUGGGCUGCAGUGCUUUGGGAAGGACCCUUAUGAGUUCUCUGAGAUGUGCCUGUGAGAUCCUUACCAAUGACGAGGAGGGGGGUCCUGCACGGAUCCCAUUUGAUACUUUUGUCAAACUGUACACCUAUUUAGCUCACCUAGAUGGAGACUUGCAGGACCACAUUGACAACUUUCUCAGCAGUCUGCAGCCACAAGUCAACAAGCAGAACGGCAUGAUUCAGGUUUCCAACUUCUACACAAGCAGGCAGUGUGGGAAGGAAAGACUAACACCAAUAGAAGAAGAAAUGGAGCAAUAGAAGAAAGAAACAGACAGUGGUCAAUUAAUAAAAUAACCCUCAAAUGAC